AGACGAACGACUCAGCAGUUUGGCGAUUCCGUUCAAUCAUAUUUUGAUAUUUCCGUUUCUGAAAAUCCCCAAUUUUCUCUCCAAUGGCUUCCUUCGCGAAAUCCCUAAUUCAAAACCUUCGCCGCUACGUCAAGAAGCCAUGGGACAUCACCGGCCCUCAGUCCCAUCCAGAAUACAAAUCGGCGGUUCCCAAGGCCACAGAGUACCGAGUAUUCUGCCCCGCCACCGCGCCGGAGAAGGUAGUCAUUCCAUCCUCUCUCCCGGAGACGGUUUUCGACAUUAAGUACUUCCCUCGCGAUCAGCGACGCAACCGGCCUCCAAUUAAGCGCACUAUUUUGAAGAAGGCUGAUGUGGAGAAGAUGAUGAAGGAAAAGACUUUCGAUCCGAGCGAGUUACCCCGGCCGUAUUUGACUACGACGGUUAUUGAGGAUGAUAAUGCAAUUGGCGGUGGCUACCAGAAAUGAUUGGGGACUGUAAGCUGUUGCUGAAUUUCGGUGCUUAAGGGUUCUUACUGUUGGAUCUCAAAGUUGGUCAUUGUUUCACCAAAGAUGUCUUGUUGUCUUUCUAAUGUUUACGUUCAACACUUUAUUUUUUGAGGCGCUAGGUGUUCCUCAGUGAGACAAGAAGAUUAAUGACACAAGUUCAAUGACCAGUUUCUAAAAUAAUGUACUGGUGUACUUAAGGCAUAUUGUUUUCUUUUCUCAUGGUACUCUUUAUCUUAAUAAGUUUGUAUCCUCAAAGUGACUAUAUAGAUCUUAAACGUUUGUUAUUAGGGGACAGUCUCUCGGUUUCUGUUGCUUACUGAA